UACGAUAGUAAGUCGCAAGAUCCUUGAAGAUGCAAGCCUCUCAUACCAUGAAACAGGUCGAACAACCAUUUUCUCACCGGAAGGCCGGUUAUACCAGAUUGAAUAUGCCAUGGAAGCCAUCUCUCGAGCAGGAACAGUUCUCGGUGUCCUCGCCAAGGAUGGCGUGGUCCUCGCAGCAGAAAAGAAGGUGACCGGAAAGCUGCUCGAUCUGUCUGGUGCAAAGGAAGGUGGUUACGGUGGAAGUGGAGAGAAGAUAUAUCUCCUCAACUCAAACAUAAUCGGUGGUGUCGCAGGGAUUACAUCCGAUGCCAACUCUCUCGUCAACUACGCGCGGUCAGCAGCCCAAAGGCAUCUCCUGACGUAUAACGAAGAUAUUCCUGUAGAGUUGCUCGCGCAGAGACUGUGUGACAUGAAGCAGGGAUACACGCAGUAUGGAGGUCUACGGCCUUUCGGCGUCUCGCUACUUUACGCUGGCUACGACCCGCACUACCAAUUCCAGCUGUACCACUCUGAUCCAUCUGGCAACUACUCUGGCUGGAAAGCGACUUGCAUCGGCGCGAACAACGGUACCGCUCAAAGUUUGUUGAAGCAGGAAUACAAGGACGAUUUGGAGGUGAAGGAUGCUAUUGGUUUAGUGUUGAGGACGAUGAGUAAGACGAUGGAUAGCACUACGCUAGGAAGCGAGAAGCUGGAGUUCGCUGUCUUGACGUUGGACCCUACGACAAAGGAGCCCAAGGCGAAGAUAUACAGGCCAGCUGAGAUUGAUGCGCUGCUAGAAAGCGAGGGGCUAGCGAAGAAGGAUGAGGACACUGCUAAGAGAUCUGCUUGAAAAGUGUAUAUCUAAUAACACUCCUGCUAACUGCCAAGAUCUGUCAACAACGAUGAUGGUGAAGGAACAUUAUAGUCAAUACGUUCAGCGCACUCAAGGUUGUGUUUGCUGUGAUUUUGCAUCGAUGAUAUACAAAAACAAGGAUGUACAAGGUCAUACGCUGCAUUAGACAGCAAAUACUUGUAGUUCAUACAUGUAAAUGGGUCGUAGAUCAGUGACACGCCAUUCCCUUGUCCUCGCCUAAUGAGGCGAGGCUCAAUUCUC